AUGGCCACUCCAAUUGAAGCAAGAAAACCUCAUGAUAUAGUCAUUGACCCAGAAGGUGACGUAUCGAUACAUCUCAUCAAGGAGGAGACCGCAAGACACCCGGUAACUGGUGAAAAGUCUACCAUGGAAACUACAAUCGCCCGUUACAAGGUCUCGAGGAAGAUUCUCAGUGAGAGUUCUCCAGUAUGGAACGUCUCACUUCGAGGACAUUUCCGAGAGAGCAGAUCAUCCACCCUACCCGUCUAUUUUGGCACGUUGAAGAGUUUGGAACUUUGGUUUCGCAUCGUUCACGAUGUCAUGGUUGAUGAGAUGUAUGAUCUUAAAGUCGUGGACGUAUAUGAGGCCAUUGAAAUAUGUGGAAACCGCGAGUGGGAUAUCUUCAAGUUGAGCAAGUCGACCUGGGCCAGAGAAUGGAUGAAUCGUCAGAAGUACAGGGAGUUAUGUCUUGAUGGGAUGUGUCGACUCAUCUAUCUUGCUAAAGAGCUGGACUUCCCCAGAGAGUUCAUGUACAUGACUCAAAAAUUGGUGUAUGGAACAGCAGAGCACAUCAAAGAUAAAAACCCAACAAAGCAUCAACAUCUCCAUCUUGAUCACACUGUCAUUAAUGCACUCAACGGCGCCAAGGGCAAUCUACGCUGUAAAAUCCUCAAAGGACUCUUCACACCCGUCGGUGGGUUUCUUGAGCAGAGAUGUGAAUGCAAGAAAAAUUCUCUUUACGAAUUCUGCAUUGGCCUCUCGCUGACUGGGAUCUGGCCUUUGGAAACUCACAUGAGGAAGUCAGCUCAGGAAAUCCUCGAUACUUUCGAUGACUUCCAUUGCGAUAUACCCGAGAAUGCGUGUAAAACAUGUCGAUUUCGACUGAGCGAUUCAUCUAUUGAGAGAACUGGUGAGCAGGUUCAGGAGCAUUUUGAUGGUCUCUGUCUUGAUUGUAUGAGCAUUUCUAAGCCAAAGGAUGGUAAGAAUGUCGAUGCCGCUUACUGGCAGCAUGAUACUCUUAAGCAGUAUAGCAUGGGAUGCAGAGUGCAACAUGAUCAGCCGACAUGGUAUUGGUCAUUCAUGGGCCGGAGAACUCAGAUGCAGGCACACCAGGCAGCGAGACAGAGAUAG